CUGUUAAACAGAGGCAUGUAUGACUGUAUGAGGUCACCAUAUCAUAAAACAGAACAACAACACAACUCCCAAGCAGCAGCAGAAUAAUAACACUACAGUUCAAGUUAGGAUUAAACAACAAAGCAAGCUUUAUCUUGGGUCAAACGGAGUUAAAACACAAAAACAAAACAAUUAGAAAUAUCACACCUGAUACCCUCUGUAUAUAUAUAUAGAACUAACCAAUAUUAGUAUGCAGAAAUAAUCGAAACCUGAAAUAUUGACACUAAUUUUUGGCAGGAGUUAUGUAAUCUGGCUAAAAUUACGAACUGUGAUUUCCAGUUAACUACAGCACAGUUUCUACUACCUGCUAUGUUGAGGGAUACUACACAUCUGGUUUAAUACAUGAUAUUGGAUUACUGAUUAUACAUUGUAUUGAGGAUACCUAUUGAUUAGGACUAUUCAAUAUUUGGAAUACAGCUGGAUGUGUAGUGCAGUAUAUUAGUACAGCCUGAGUACAAAUAGAGUCAGAUUUAUUGCAGCUUUGUUACAAGACUAAUUGUCAUCGAUAUUAUGGAUAAUACUUGAUUUAAAGAUAAUUUAAAGAUGGAUGACAAAAGGGUGGCAGAGUAUUUUGUGGUGGCGGGUCUCCCAGAUAAUCCCGUCCCACUUGAAGAAUACAACAACGACACUGCUAUCAAGUCCACCCACAAACAAGACCCCAUAGUUGAUGUUGCAGUGAUUAUACGAAAUGCUGGGGAAAAGCCUCCUAAAGGGUUCAAAUGUGUUGAGCUUACACCCCUUGGGUUUCCUGCAGAUUUAAACCAUGGGAGUAUACGGAGCCCAGAAGUAUAUCUGUGUUACAGGAGAGGACGGGAUAAACCACCUCUGAUAGAUAUAGGGGUUCUAUAUGAGGGCAAGGAGCGUGUGAUGUCAGGGUGUGAAGUUAUACAUGUAACUCCAGGUGGGAGACCUGCCAAUGUUAACAAUAGUACCAGCAAUAGGAUCUAUAUUACAUUCAGACGUGCUGGUGAGACUGCCGCAAGUGAUACCCUUGCAGUCACAGAUAUAUGCGUCAUCCUCGCCAACAAGGGUGAAACGCCCCCUCAUGCCUACUGCCAGAUAGGCAAGAACCUGAACAAGGCCAUGGUAGGAUCUGAUGUUUAUCUCUGCUAUAAGAAGUCAAUGGCCAAGGCAAAUACUCUAGCAUACCAGCCAGCCAUAUUAAACAGGUAUCCAGAGCUCAACUACCCUGACUUCCCUCUACCAGACCAGGUCUCAAUGUUCUGUUUACCAAUGGGGACUACUAUAGAAAGCUGGUCCUCAACGGCACAACACCCUUUACCCGUAUUUUCCACUUUUGUACUGACGGAUGAAACCAGAGAACAGGUAUAUGGGGCAGCCGUCACAUUCUAUGAGGAAUAUCCAGAAGAUAAACUAAACGACUCCCAGAAAGAGGCUCUGUCCUUAAAAGAGGGCCCAACAGGAAAUCCAUACAAUAAAAUCCCAAAGACUGUCCAUUCUAAUAAAUCCAUAUGUUUGCUGUCAAGGUGGCCAUUUUUUGAUGCCUUUAAAAAGUUCUUGUCGUACUUAUAUAGGAUAUCAAUAUCAGGACCACAUGAUGUCCCUAUAGAAAGGCAUAUAUCUCACUUUAUGCAUGAGGUUCCAUUCCCCUCCCCCCAAAGACCAAGGAUUCUGGUUCAAUUGCGCCAAGAGGCCUUAUCUUUGUCCAUGCCUGAGGACUCUCCCUUGCCACACAGCGGUGCUUCAUUUGUAACGUUACUGAAGAAUCUUGGGCCAGAGGAUUCAAUGAACGUGUUGUUAUUUGCUCUAAUGGAGCACAAGCUAUUACUUCAUUCUUUACGCCCUGCAGUAUUAACCAGUGUCACUGAGGCAGUCAUUACAAUGAUCUUUCCUCUAAAGUGGCAGUGCCCUUACAUCCCCCUGUGUCCUCUGGGGAUGUCUGGUGUGCUUAAUGCACCCUGUCCUUUUAUAGUGGGUGUGGACUCCAGGUAUUUUGACCUCUACGACCCGCCCCCUGAUGUCACAUGUAUCGACCUUGACACACAGACAAUCUCACAACCAGAGGAACGGAAGUCCAUCAAUUAUAAGAUGCUACCAAGAAAGCCAGCCAAGGUUCUCCGUAACACUCUAGAGCGACUGUUUGAUAUUGUAUGUGAAUCUGCACCUGCAACUCCAGAUGAAGUUGCACUGGAUAUGAACAUGGGGUCAGUGGACCAUGAUUUCAAAAGGAAAAGGAAAGAGAUUAUUAUGGAGACUGCCGUACAGGAAGCGUUCCUUCGAUUUAUGGCGAGUGUUCUGAAAGGAUAUAAGCACCAUCUAUUGCCAAUAACUGCGGCUCCAACUGUAGGAACCACAGAUGCGAGCAGACUCUUUGACAUGCAAAAUUUCUUGAAAAGUCGAGAGAAGGCAAACCACAGGUUCUUCACAAGUAUUAUGAAGACACAGACUUUUAUACGCUUCAUUGAAGACAGAUCUUUCGUUUCGGACAAUGAUGCAAGUCUGGCAUUCUUUGAUGAAUGCGCAGAGAAGGUGGAUGAGAACAGAGAUGAGCCCAAGUUGAUAGAACUGGAUGAGUCAUUGCGACAGGACCGCACUGUCUUCAUCUUACCCCCUGAGCCAACGGGACUAGCAGAGGGGGUUAAAUAUAGCUAUAAUGGCUUCCCAGAGCUAAAUGAUGGGCUGUUCCUUCAAAGGAUAGUUCCCACUGGGUUUAAGACCCCUUCUAAACCACUCAUCCCCAACAGUCCCAUGGCAAGAAGGACAAAGCAGGAGAUCCGCUCAGCACAAAAGGUUGCAUUGAAGCAGUCAGGAACUCCAAUGUUGUGGGCCAAGUGUCUGCUAGGCCACUGUUAUAGCCUAUGGUUCAUACACCUACCAGCCUAUGUAAAAUCUGUACAUUCCAAGACGAAGGCUCUGAGGACUGCCUACCAUGUCCUUGUCAGGAUGCAAGCCUCGAGGCUGCAGGUCCCUGAUGAGGUGUGCUAUCGAGUACUGAUGCAGUUAUGUGGCCAUUACCAUCAACCAGUGCUAGCUGUCAAGGUGCUAUUUGAAAUGAAAAGACAUGGAAUCCAACCAAAUGCUAUUACAUACGGCUUUUAUAAUAAGGCUGUACUUGAAAGUAAGUGGCCGUCUAAAGAAACAAAUGCAUACCAACUGUGGACCAAAGUACGAAACCUCAUAAUGGGAGUUGCUCAGUUUAAGAGAGCUCUCCGCAGACGGAGCAUAGCCUCACUCUCAGAAAGUGACCUUGAUGGAAUUAGUCGGGCCAGUGUUGAUAGUUUCCUAGAUGACGUCUGCAGUGACAAGGUGGAUUCUGGGACAGGAAGUGGAACAGGAAGUGAUAAAAUAGAUGGUGCUACAAAACCAGAUGCUGCUAUGGGAACAUCGCCAGUUGAUACAGUGCACAAAGAAGAAGGGACCAGUAUAACAAGCCUCGGAGGUGCUUCUGACAGGGGAUACAGCUCUAUGACAUGGGAAGAGGCCAAGCACAUCAAACAGACUCUAGUGGCUGCCAAAACCCUUGAUGCCCUCCCUGGGGGUAUUGAACCAACUCCUGACUCUGCCCCUCAGGUUUCUCUGUUAACUACUGAAAACAAUGCAACAACAGAGAUUGCAUACACCGAAACAGCAUCAACAGUCCCUGAUAAGGUGGAUGCACCAGAGGGUGAGAGUACACCCCCUGUUGAGGUGAAACCAGAGAAGAAAGAUGAGCAUGUGUUUAAGGAGCCCAAGGGGGUCACUCCAAGGAAACACAGGAUGAGGUUUUGGUCAGGGAAAAAGAAAUCCUCCUCAAUGGAUAAGAGUAGUAUCAGUUCAGGGAGCAAGGAGAACUUAAGUGCAAUAGACCCAGCAGAGGAUUGGAGAGCCAGGUUUGGCAGUAUUGUUAAGAAUGGAAGCACUAAUGGUGCCACCAGGAAUACAGGUAGCACAAGCAGUACUGGGACUUUAAGAGCAAGUCUGGGUGAGGGUGUUGGCAGUUCCGCUGGAUUGUUGAUUACAAGUAGUCAAGCUGACGAGAAUGUCUUUAUUGAUUCGAACUCUGUGAAGCUGGCCAGCAGCCUGAAUAUUCCAGGACCAGAUGGUGAUAAAAACUUAUUGGACACUGAUCGACGACGUCAUAAAAGUGCCGAACAUCAUCGAAGUUCUUCCGAUGGAACUUGUAAUAAUCGUCACCAGAGUGGUGAUGCUGUAAUAGACAAUGACAAACUAGGAACUGAUCAGUUUAAGAAAGAUUCUGAUUGGGUGAAUGAACUGAACUCUAAUGAACCUAUGCAAAAGGGGACAAUGUUGGACACAGGUGGUUAUGUAAACGCUGAUUUUGAUGGUCGGCCCCGCAAUAGUUCUAGUCCUGCUAAACUUUCCACAACUUCUGGGGGUGGAGACACACAACCUUUGUUAACGCCUCUUUCACCAAUAGAGGCCACUAGUGGUCCCGAGUGCCAUAAUUUAGACGAUCAAAAGACACCAACAUCUUUUUCUGUUAACACUCCUGAAACCCAUUCCAGUAUUGACACUAGUACAACAGUGCGACCAACUGAGAUACCUCUCAGCACCCCUGGGGAGUCAAAGAAAGAUGGCGCAGUAGAGAGCCCAAUUCAAAUGACCCCAGUCACUGAAAAUGACCCUCUUGGUGUAUUUGUGGAUCCAUUAAGUAGUCCUACUAUAAAUAGUGACCCUUUGUCCAGUAAUGCAGUAAAUGAUCCUUUGUCCAGUAAUGUAGCAGUAACCACGACUGUGACUCUUGCUUCCAGUUCAUCCACUUCCAGCUCAACUGACCUUGCAGCCGACUCAUUAUCUGAAAGAGGGAGCCACAAGUCCUCCCCGGUGACAUCCACACUUUCAUCACCAACAAAACAACACUUACAAACUCUUUCUGAACUUCAGCCAUUUGGAGGUCGGAGUCGCACCCUUGAUGAUAUAGAUGGCGGUCCCGACCCUGUAACUCCAGAUGCUGACGCAAGUGAUACUUCCAAAGGAUCAUCUUUCAUUUGGGAUAUCCCUAAUAGACUAAGGGCUAUAAGUGAAACACCUGACCCGGCAGGUAAAAGACGAACUGAAAGUGAGAAAUCUGACACGUUAAGCAGCGUGGGUAGCUUAAGUCCCGCCCCCGAAUGGACUCCCAUAGGGCAACAGCAACCCCCUCCCCCUACAACUGAAUCCACUCCUAACACUGAUACAUCCGUAACAGAUUCCCCAGUGAAAAAAUAUGUCCCUAAAAGUGAAUCUUUUACCAAUGCUUUAAAAUUUGGCUGGAGUAAAGCAACUAAAAAGAUCAAUGAAUUAAAGGAAACAUUGCAAACGAAUACACCAACCAGGUCCGAUAGUUUGAACUCUCUGUCCAGGAGCAGCGACAGAGGGGACAAUGUUUCUUUUGAUGGGGACAAUGUCAGUCUGAAUAUCAAGAAAGGAGACAGUUUGGAUUAUUUGGGAAGGGGUGAGAGCUUCAAUGAUCCAAGGGAGCCAGACACAGACUCAAUGGACUCCUUUGCUUCAGGCAAACCUGCGGCCCCUUUUGGUGUAGAACCAAGUGCCUUAGAGUCAUUCAUGCCACUGAAGGAUUUUGAUAAUCUUUCUCGCCAAAACAGCUUCCACAGCCUUCAACAGUCGAUAUUCAACGUGGCGUUUGACGUUGAGAUUCAGAGCAUGACCCGAUGUAAUAGCUGUAAUUCCUUGUUGUAUGAUGAGGAAAUUAUGGCAGGGUGGUCGGCUAAUGAUUCUGACCUCAACACUUGUUGUCAGUUCUGUUCUUCAAAACUGGUCCCGUUCCUCCAUGUUUAUCUAAAAGAUCUCCGCCACGUGAACCAACCUCUGAAAUUGUCCGAAAGCAUGCAGAGCCUCCAUUCCAUUAACUCUUUGCCUACAAACAGAAUCGGGUUAAACCUAGAACUGAAACGUAGCGCAGCGCAUAGUAUGAGCAAUCCAACUUUAGCUUUGAGGGAUAAACAAGCCCUCAUUAAUAAAAGUGUGACUUCUCUAACUAGCACGGAUAAUUUAGUAAACUCCAGUUUGGAGAGUAAAAAUAUUAAACAAGCUCAAUCAGACAGUAAUGUGCUAGCCAAUAGUGAUAACAAAAAGUCUGAGAACAUAACAAACAAAUCAGUUGUUGAGCAUGCUAAGAGGACUAUUGACUCAACCAGGGAGGAAAGUCCUGCAUCUGUGACUGAUUCUCAUGGGAGUAGGGAAGAAAGUCUAGGUAUUAUGAUUGAAGCUCAUUCAAGCAGAAAUGAAAGUCCUGAGGUUGUAAUCCCAACUGAAGCAGAUACUUCCAUUGAUUCUCAAGUACAAAAUACUGAUCUACCACCUGCCAAAACAUCCACGGACCCCUUACAAGAAGCCCAAAAGGACCCCAUAGAAGUAGCAGAAACUGUUGAUCAACAAGAGGAGCCUGUGGCACCUACAGCCAGUGAUGUAAUUGAGGAAGAAUACCUGAAGCUUAAGGAAGAUGAUGCAGUUGAUGAGUUUGAUGAUGGUACAGACUCAAAGGCUGACAGUGGAGGGAAAGAUGACAUAGACAGUGUGGCUAAGGUUGAUCCUAUCAGGGUGCCGUACUUGAGUCCUCUUGUACUCAGGAAAGAAGUGGAGAAUAUUCUAGAGCAAGAGGGGGACAAAUGUCUCAACAAAGCUGACUUCUGUGAUGAACACCCUAUCAUCUUCUGGAAUCUGGUGUGGUACUUUAGAAGACUAGAGAUCCCCAGCCAUUUGCCAGGUUUCAUAAUAUCAGCUAAGAGUACCAAUACAGGCACUAAGAGUGUUCCUAAAGUGUGGGAGAAGAUCACAGACAGCAAGUAUGUGUUGUUGAGGCCAGGCUGGGAUAACACAAGACACCAUGAGGAGGCUGGCAGGCCACUCUAUACAAUGUGGAGUGAUACACAGAGUCAAAAUACUAACGCAGCUCUGGUCACUGAAAACCAGGUUUUCUCUAAGAGCGUCAUGCAGAAUAUUGUCGCAAGCAUUCAGUGUAAUGAUGUACAGACACCUAUCAAAGUCUUGAUGAGUGAGAGACGAAGGGCCCUGAAGCACCAGCCUUACAAUAAAUGGCUGUUCCGCAGCAUAUACAGAGACGUGCUGUUCCUCUCAUUAAUUGCAUGCGGCAAAGACAAUAUUGAUCAUGAUGCAUUUGACAUGGAGUAUCAGAUGGCAUACAACAAACUGAAGGAGAACAAUGAGUUGUGCAGAGCUCAAAACAAUGACAGACCACCUAAUCCUGCUGUGAUGUGGUGCAGGAAAUUAUUUGGAGUCCUAGAACUAUGAACAGAAAGCUAAGGUUGCCAUAACAACAGCGAUACUCUUGAUAUCAUCACAUCAUAGGGAUUUACUUCAGAUAUUAUUGUUCGAGCAAGAAUCGAUUUUGGAUUUUCAAAUCUAGAACUAUGAACAGAAACUUUAAGGAUAGCAUUGCUUCAGAGUUGCCAUAGCAGCUUACAAUAAUCUGGUAUCCUUAGAUCAUAAUGAUAGACUUCAUUCACCAUACAUACUGUUCCUUCGAGAAUGAUAUGUACCUGAAUGAUUUAAACUUCAUUACCAAGUUGUUUCGCACAGAAGUGUUAAGGAUAUACGAAAAAGAAAAUAUUUUGGUUUCCCAUUUAAUGUGGAAUACCAUGCAUUUUAACACUUUCUAAAUAUCCAUUGAGACAUUUAACCUUGUAGCACAUCAGCAAUUUGGGAGAUGGAUACUAUGGACUAUAGGGUUGGAAUAAAUGCUUGCUUUGCUUCGGGGAAUUUCCCCUAAAUGGGAGUUUGGACUAUUGUCCUUUUAAAAUGUAGUGGCUUAGUUAGUACAAUCUUGCCGAUGAUACUUUGUCCAGUUCCUGGAUAUGAGACUUUCGUAUCUAAGAAAUUUGAAGACAUGUUUGAAUCGAUGUAUUCAAAAACGUAUUGGACAAAACGUCAUACACUUUCUUGCUGAGGACAAGGUCAGUUUUUUUGUCACCCACAAACAUACAUUUUGGAAGAACGUUAAAUGAUUGACCUUGUUCUUAAGAAUUGGCACCGAAAUAUUGGCUCCAUACUGUACAUGAAUUGGUAAAAUUGCAGGUGCAUGCUUUGUAAUGUGAUCUCAUAUAAAAAAGAUAUCAGUAUUGUAUUAAUGACCCGUGCAAUUUUAUAUUUUUCCAAUAAGCCAAAAUUAAGUUGAGACUAAAAGAAUACAUUUUUUGUAAUAUAGAUUGAUAAAAAUCGUAAGUUUGGGUAUUUCUUUUGAGCUAUCUGCUUUGUGUAGAAGUAGCCAAAUUAUCCAUUUUGUGUCAUUUUUAGAUGGACAAAUUUCAAUCUCGCGUUUUUGUUGAGUGAAAACUAUAUGUUGAAUUGACUGAUCAUGGCUAUUUUCAAUUGAUGCAAAAGUAUUUAUCACCCACCAUUAGUCUUGUCCUUGUUCAUCCCCCUUCCCCCAAAACAAGGUUGUGGGGAUGUAAGGUGAUGUGGGGAUGACCAUGAUGCUCCAAUGCAAGAUAAAUGUGCCACAAAGAUUUACUUUGUUUUUCCCCUGCAAGUUUAAUUUUCUUUUCACUCACAAAUCAAGUGGAAAAAUUAUUUUCUUGCUAUGUUCCAAGAAUUGUAGACUGCCCUUUACUGAAGAGGCUUUUGGUAUUGCAAUAUUAAAUGUAGGCUGUUUGUAGAAUUUUAGGGCUUUUUCACGAUCAUGCAUAUGUUACAUGGUAUGUAUAUAUUAUAUAAGACUGUAUAAGUGCAACCCAAAACAAGAUAAUUAAACACAAAAAUUAUAUUUAUAAUAGAUAUUUAUUCAUCACUACAGUGAAAAUAACAAGAAAUAUUAAAAAUGACAGAAUAGAGUUUUUAUAUACUAUUAUUAGAUAAACACUACUCAGUCUGGGACAAAGCAAACAAAAAUAUAGACAAUUAGGUAGUUAUCAGCUGUUAAAUAAUGGAGGCAUCACAUUGCUAUUUUGUAAAUAUAGCAUGAGAGAAUAUUUGAUAUUGACAUUAUGUACUAUUAUUAAAAAGUUGUAAACAUUUUUUUUAUUAAUUUGUAAAUAUUGUAUUGAUGGAUGUAAAUACAGUAUAUUGGCGCAAAAAGAUUGGUACGUGGUUUAACAAUGUUUGCGACUGAAAAUAGUAAAGAAAUUAAUGGUCUAAAUACAUGUUUCUUGAUAUUUUAUUCUAUGUUAUACUUCAUAUCCUCAUAUAAAAAAAGUAUCUAUUGUAAUUUAAACUAAUUUUAUGAGAAAAAGUGUACUUUUGUCCCAAGAAAGUUCAUAAUAAUUAUUGUUCGUUCAAAUAAUGUGACAUUUGGCUUGUCAUGUGAUAUGUGGUGUGUCAUUUAAUGAAAACUUAAUGGAAAUAAAUUCUUGCUAAUGUUUCAACAUUUAUAGCAAGAAAAGUAUAUUGUGAAUAAUGAAUAUGUGAAACCCAAGGAGCUUGGAUAUUAGCAGGGUUACAUGGGUUAUGUGAAAUACUUGUAAAUAUUACCUUUAAGUGCUAUUGCAAUAAAAAUAAAGAAGUAAACUAGCAA